UAAAAGCCAAAAUUAUAUUAAGUGGAAAUCGAUAUCAUAUAGGACCACAAUUUCAGUUUAAGUAGGAUUGGAUUAAUUUUUUGUUAGCUCAUAUUCUUAUUAAUAGUAUAAUAAAUUUGAAGCUAUUACUCAUGUUAAUAUUGAAUCUAAAAAGAUUGUACCAUUUAGGUGAUCUAAUUAAGACAAAAAUAAAUCAUAUUAAUAAAAUUCAAGAAAUUUACCUUAAUUAAAAUAAUAGGGUCAAAAGAAUUCAAAUUAGAAAAGACACGUGUUGCUAUGCCACCUCGAGAGUUGUUGCUGUUCAAACUCAACACAAAAGCUACUUCUACUUCUUCUUCUUCUUCAGCAGAACUAGUCUGUAUUUUUCUCUAAGCAACUUCUCGUUGCAGAAAGAGAAGUGAGAAAUUGAGCUCAAAUGCCUCAAUCCUAACUCCCAUUUUCAAAUAAUCCAACUCAAAAAAAUGGUUUCUCCACUUCAAUUCCUUUCCUUCUUCUUCAUCUUCUUUGUUUCAAUUUCCUACGGACUCAACUCCGAUGGACUCUCACUCCUCGCACUCAAAGCCGCUAUCGACACUGACCCAACUGGAAUUCUCGGGUCAUGGUCCGAAUCCGAUCCAAAUCCUUGUAGCUGGCGGGGCGUGGCAUGCACGCGCGGCCGAGUUAUUGAUCUUUAUCUUCCUAACAAGGGCUUCACUGGCUACAUUCCUUCUGAACUCGGUCACCUCGACUCGCUCAAGCGACUCAGUCUCGCUCGAAACAACUUCUCUCGACCCAUUUCGCUUCACCUCUUCAACGCCACCAGCCUCGUCAUCCUCGACCUCUCUCACAACUCCCUCUCCGGUCCAAUUCCGUCUCAAAUCUCCGCAUUGAAAUACCUCAGGCACCUUGAUUUCUCCUCCAAUCAACUCAAUGGCUCCCUCCCUGAAUCCCUUGGCCAACUCCAAUCCCUCGCUGGAACCCUAAACCUCUCCUAUAACAGCUUCAGCGGCGGGAUCCCUCCCUCGUACGGAAGAAUUCCGGUCCCGGUUAGCAUAGAUCUUCGGCACAAUAACCUCACCGGUAAAAUCCCUCAGGUCGGUUCUCUACUGAACCAGGGACCCACCGCUUUCUCUGGAAAUCCAAGCCUCUGCGGAUUUCCAUUGGAGACUCAAUGCCCUGAAGCUCAAAACCCUAAUCUCUCUAAGAGCACGUCGGACGGUGAUCGGGAUGGGGAUCAGAAUCCAGAGAAGCCUCUGAACGAAAACCCCGAUUUGCCCUCCGGCGAAGGGAGAGGAAAAGAGGGAGGAAUCUCGGUCACCGUACCGAUCGUAUCAGGCAUUUCGUUGGUGAUCGGGGCCGUCUUCGUGUCGGUCUGGCUUUUCCGGCGGAAAUCAACGGCGGGUUUCGGUAACGAGGGCAAAAUGGGGAAAGAAAAGGAGGAGACGGAAGUAGUAGUAGAAGAAGAGGGGCAAAAAGGUAAAUUCGUAGUGAUGGACGAAGGGUUCAGUUUAGAAUUGGAGGAUUUGUUGAGAGCAUCGGCUUACGUGGUGGGAAAGAGCAGGAGUGGAAUCGUGUACAGAGUGGUGGCUCGGGGUGGGGGAUCAGGUGUGGCCGCAACAGUUGUAGCCGUUAGAAGGCUCAGCGAGUCCGAAGACGCCACGUGGAGGUUCAAGGAUUUUGAGUCCGAGAUCGACGCUAUCGGGCGGGUCCACCACCCGAAUAUCGUACCGCUCCGGGCUUACUAUUACGCUAAUGAUGAGAAGCUAUUGGUUACUGAUUUCAUCCGCAACGGGAGUCUCUACACUGCGCUCCACGGGGGACCUGCCAGUUCUUUACCACCAUUAUCAUGGUCAUCAAGGUUAAAAAUUGCUCAAGGAAGUGCCAGAGGGUUAAUGUACAUACACGAGUACAGUCCUCGGAAAUAUGUUCAUGGCAACAUCAAGUCAACAAAAAUCCUCCUUGAUGAUGAUUUGCAACCUUGCAUUUCUGGAUUUGGACUUGCGCGCCUUGUGUCGGGUUCCUCCAAGUUCACCUCAUCGGGAUCGAAAAAGCAUAGUGCUAACUCUUCCUUUGUGACUGCUGGCUUGAAAAUCACGGCUCCCUCAACUGUUUACAUGGCCCCUGAGGCUCGAAUACCCGGCAGUAAGUUCACUCAAAAAUGCGAUGUGUAUUCUUUUGGCAUUGUGCUUUUAGAGAUUCUGACUGGUAAGGUUCCGGAUGAGGGCCCUGAGAAUGAUGAGAAGGGACUGGAGAGUGUGAUUAGGAAGGCAUUUAAAGAGGAAAAGCCGUUGUCCGAGAUUAUAGACCCUGCACUUCUUCAUGAGGUUCAUGCAAAGAAACAAGUUGUUGCAGCAUUCCAUAUCGCCCUCAAUUGCACAGAACUCGACCCAGAAAUUCGUCCUCGGAUGAAGACCGUCUCAGAGAGUCUGGAUCGAAUCAGAUUGCAAUGAGAAACAACUAGGUUGGUAGAAAUAUGUAAAAAGUUUUUUGUUUGGAUCUUUGAAAGAUCCUAGGAAUAGUAGAGAGAGAGAGAGAGAGAAUAGUCUCUUUUGUUGAGUGCAUUGUAGCAGUUGGAGAAAUCUUGUCUUCAAUUUGUUGUUUUAAUCUCUAAAACUAAUGGCCAAAUGGAAAAUUAGAUCA